GAGCAUUUGAAGCUGAGCCCUUUGGCCAAACAGUCCUUGUUGAAAUGUCAAUACACUACCAGAACACUGGCUUUCAGGGUUCAUCAUGAUUUCCAGGCAGUAUAUGGCUUUGUUUCUCUGCUUUCUGCUACUGAUCCCUCUUUCUCUGGAUGCAGUCUUUCUAAAGCAGGAAGAGGCAAGCAACGUUUUGCAAAGACAUAGACGAGCCAACAGCUUCUUUGAAGAGAUAAAACUGGGGUCACUAGAACGAGAAUGCAUAGAAGAAAAAUGUUCCUAUGAGGAAGCAAGAGAGAUUUUCCGUGAUAUUGAAAGAACAGAAGAGUUCUGGCACAUCUAUUCUGACCCUAACCAGUGUGCCUCCAACCCCUGUCAGAAUGGUGGGAUUUGUGAUGACCAGUUUCAGGAUUAUGUUUGCCGCUGUCCCGUCGAAUAUGAGGGCAAAAGCUGUGAAAAAGCUGUGGCUGACAAACUGAAGUGCAUUUUUUACAACGGUGGCUGUGAACAGUACUGUACUGACACACAGUCCAAAAUACGACUGUGCUUCUGUGAUGAUGAUUACACUUUAGCGAGUGAUGGCGUGUCCUGCAUCCCUCAAGUGAAAUACCCAUGUGGAAAAAUACCAGUUCUGGCAAAAAAAAAUUCAACUGUACAUGGGAGAAUAGUAGGUGGUUUCAUCUGUCCUCCAGGUGAAUGUCCAUGGCAAGCCCUUAUAAUACAGGAUCAGAAAGAAAAGUGUGGUGGCACCCUGCUUUCCCCAGAGUGGGUGAUCACUGCAGCUCACUGUUUGGAGUAUACUCACCCUAAACAGCUUCGGGUGAGACUGGGUGAACACAAAAUAAAUGUUGAUGAGAAAACUGAGCAAGAAAGUGGAGUCACCAGGAUGAUCAUUCACGAAGAAUACAUGAAUGGACACGUCAAUAAUGAUAUUGCCCUCCUGAACCUGGACACGCCGGUGAAUCUCACUGACUAUGUGGUGCCAAUAUGUUUGCCUGAGAAAAGGUUUGCUGUGUAUGAACUGUCCACCAUCAAGUUCUCCACAGUAAGCGGAUGGGGACGCCUAAUAGAUGGAGGUGCGACCUCUUCUGUUCUGAUGAGAGUUGAUUUGCCACGUGUAAAGACACAAGAAUGUGAAAAGGAGACUGGUUUAAAUAUUACAGAGAAUAUGUUCUGUGCAGGAGACCUGUCUGGGGUUAAGGACUCCUGCAAGGGAGACAGUGGUGGUCCUCAUGCUACACAGUACAAGAACACUUGGUUUCUGACUGGGAUUGUCAGCUGGGGAAAGGGCUGUGCUGCUGAAGGCAGCUACGGGGUUUACACAAGGGUAUCCAAAUACAUUGAUUGGUUGAGGAAGCACAUGGACAACAAGACAAACCCCACGCUGCCUUGGGCUUUAAAAAAAAAAAUAAAGAACAAAAAGAAGAGCAGCCUCAUGCCCCCGACUGAGAAAUCCCGCCGCGGCUGUCACCCUGUCCCGGCGCUUCCGCUAUUUCUGGGCAGGCUGAAGCAACGCGGCUCCAGUCUCACCCCGCCCGAGGGGGUGAAGACUUCGGCUCCCGCCCGUCCCGCCCGUCCCGUCCGUGCCGCCGGCGCGGCCCCGGCAGCGGCAUCGUUGGGCGCCGCCAUGGCCGGGCCCCUGCUGCUGCUGCUGCUGCCGCUGCUGCUGCUCCGCGCUCAGGGAGGCGUAUUCAUCGAGAAAGAAAAUGCCAACAAGUUCUUGGAAAGAACAAAACGUGCUAACAGUUUCUUCGAAGAAGUGAAGAAAGGGAAUAUUGAAAGAGAAUGCAAUGAGGAGCGCUGCUCAAAAGAAGAAGCAAGAGAAGCUUUUGAAGACCAGGAGAAAACUGAGGAAUUCUGGAACAUCUAUGUAGAUGGGAACCAAUGCAGUUCAAAUCCUUGUCACUAUGGUGGCCACUGUAAAGAUGGAAUUGGUUCCUACACUUGCACGUGCUUGGAUGGCUAUCAAGGCAAGAACUGUGAAUUUGUCAUACCCAAGUUCUGCAGAAUAAACAACGGGGACUGUGAGCAGUUCUGCAGUGUCAGAAGAGAUGGACGGAAGGAUGUGCUGUGUUCCUGUGCAGAUGGGUAUGCUCUAGCAGAGGAUGGCAAACACUGUGUUGCAACAGUAAAAUACCCUUGUGGAAAAGUUUUUGUGGCAAGGCAAAAAAGGUCUGUUCUUUCACCCGCUGACUUUAGCAAUGGAACAAGUGAUCAAGAAAUGACUUCUGCAAACGAAACGAGCGCAGAGGAGGGCUUUGCAAUUACCACAGAAAGCCCAACUGCUCCCCCUGACAACAGAACAAGCAGCAAGACUCCAUAUGUCGAUACCAGGAUAGUUGGUGGGGAUGAGUGUCCUCCUGGCCAAUGCCCAUGGCAGGCUGUUCUGUUAGACGAGGAAGGAGAAGAGUUUUGUGGUGGAACUGUUCUGAAUGAAAAUUUUAUACUUACUGCAGCUCAUUGCAUAAACCAAUCCAAAGAAAUCAAAGUUGUUGUUGGUGAAGUGGACAGAGAGAAGAAAGAGCCAUCUGAAUCAAUGCACACUGUGGACAAAAUACUUGUUCAUUCUAAAUUUAUUAUUGACACUUAUGAUAAUGACAUUGCCUUAUUAAAGCUGAAGGAACCUAUCAGGUUUUCGGAGUACGUCGUUGCAGCGUGUCUCCCCAAAGCCGACUUUGCUAAUGAAGUUCUGAUGAACCAAAGAUCUGGGAGGGUUAGUGGCUUUGGGCGUGAAUUUGAAGGUGGACGAAGAUCCAAAAAACUGAAGGUGCUCGAAGUCCCCUAUGUUAAUAGGAACACUUGCAAGCAGUCCACUAACUUAGCCAUAACUGAGAACAUGUUCUGUGCUGGUUAUGACACAGAACAAAAGGAUGCUUGCCAAGGAGAUAGUGGUGGCCCCCAUGUGACCAGAUACAAGGAUACUUACUUUGUUACUGGAAUUGUUAGCUGGGGAGAAGGAUGUGCAAGGAAGGGUAAAUACGGUGUCUAUACCAAACUGUCCCGGUUCUUGCGUUGGGUAAGAACAGUCAUGAGUUUGUAGUGGUGGUGUGUCCCUUGAUCCUUCUUGCUAGCUACCAAGAUGCAGGACUGGUUAUGGAAACUUUCUUUUCCUGCACAUCUGCUAAGUUGGUUUUGAAAUCUAGUUCCUUAAAGUUAUGGUCAGCUUCCAUUUGUACUCUUCCUGUCUUUAGAGCACCUCUCUGUGGACUGCAGAGGAGUUUAGAAUUGGUUGAAUGAGGGAAUUUCUCUAAACAAAAAGGCUGCUGAGCAGAGUCUUUGGCUUCUUUCAAUUAUUUAUCAAUGGCCAUUUUGGUUCCUAUGUGUUGACACCAGUGCUCCUACCAGAGGCUGCUAAACAUGCUCUGAGCAGUCCCUAGUCAUGAUGAAAGCAGGAAGGACAGGACUCAGCUAAUCCUCAUAUUGCAGCCAUCUGGCUCAGCAGGGAGUUUGUCCUUACUGGAGUUGUUUAGCUUCUACCUUUAGAUAUGACCAGAAGAUUAAGGAGCAGGGGAUCUUGCAUGGCAAAAGCUGAGACACAAUUAAUUAAUCAGGGUUUGGUGCUAAAUGAACACAUGUUCCACAAAUGGCCUGCUCAGAUCACAGCCGCUCAUUAAAAGGGGUUUUGCUUUGUAAGGAUUGUACUUCACUUUAUUUUUAUUUGUACACUUUGUUCAUCGGAAAAAGAUAUAUGUGCACAUUCACUGUUUUCUGUAUCUUGUUCUGGAUUACAUAUGGCUGAGGGAGUGGAAAGCUCCUUACAAGUGUAUUGUUCUAGAUGUUUCUGUUAGGUGCAAUAUUGAUGUACACCAGCAUUUGAAAUAAAACAUUCUUUCUCUUUUGUUC